UGUCUCAUUCUCUCACGCUGUCAUUCUCACUCUGUCUCAUUCUCUCACACUCAUUCUUUCUCAUUCAGUCUUCUCACACUCAUUCUCUCACAUUCAUUCUCUCACUGUCAUUCUCUCACUCAUUCUUACACAAUGAUUGUGAGAGAAUGAGUGAAAAUGUUUCACUCAUUUUCUCAUUCACACAUUCUCUCACACUCAUUCCAUUAUUUUCUCACACUCAUUCAUUCGUUUUCUCACAUACUCAUUCUGUCAUUCUCUCACUCAUUCUCUCUCAUUCUCUCACUCAUUCUCUCAUUCUCACUCAUUCUCUCAUUCUCUCAGACUCAGCAUCGAUCAGCUGGUUCACACACUGUCAUCAUCGCCACCAGCACUACAAUAAUCCACAUUUCCACCCCCACUACCCUCCCAGACCAGCAGUCAACUUAAGCUACACCUCCCCAACACACCCAUACACAAAACACAAGUCAAAAAAACAUCAUUAAGACAGCAAUAUCUAUUUUAUCUCUUAAUAAGUACUAAAAAGUGGCGCAGUGUAGCGUCCAGGAGUCCGCAGUCCAGCCAUCAUGCGCUCCACCCUCUACCUCCUCAUAUUUGUGGCCUUUUUGGCCUCCACUCUGGCCAAAAUUAGGGACCCAUAUGAUAUUCUGGGCAUUAAGAGGAAGGCCGAUGCCCAGGACAUCAAGAAGGCCUAUAAGAAGUUGGCCAAAGAAUGGCAUCCAGACAAGAAUCCAUCACCAGAAGCUGAACCAAAAUUUAUUGAAAUCAACCAAGCCUAUGAGCUGUUGAUGGACCCUGAAAGACGUCGGUUGUACGAUACUACCGGCCAAACAGAAGAACAGCCUAAUUUCCGCAAACAGCACGAUUAUUCCUCGUAUCGGCGAUUUGAUCCUUUUGAUGAUAUUUUCAGCACAUUUGGGGGGAGUUUUCGUUUUAAUUUCAAGCAUGGUGAUGGAACAAAUAUAUAUAAGAAGCAGUCGAUAACAUACAAGUCUUAUCAGAACUCAAUUAUCGCAUUAAGCAAGAAGCAGCCGUAUCUGAUACUUUUCUACUCAGACUGGUGCAUAGCCUGUGCUCACAUUGAGCCCAUAUGGCGAAGACUCGAUGAAGAACUGCAACCCAUUAAUUUUGGCAUGGCUACUGUACAUGCUGGUCGAGAAAUUGAACUAGCUAAGAAACUUGGUGUGAAGACAGUACCGUACCUAGUGAUGUUGCUUGAUGGUCACCCUUACCAUUACACUGAUGCCUCACUCAGCAUGGUGUCUUCUUUAGAUUUCAUACGUUCUAUUCCAAACAAGUUGGUGCAUAGAAUAACUGAAGAAAACCUUGAGAGCUUCCUCGGAGGAUGGAUGGAUAACCGGGUUCGUGUGUUAAUCUUCGGACGACUGGAUAUCAUCAGACUGCGGUACCUGACGGUUGGCUGGGAAUUCCGAGAAAGAGCUGUAAUAGGGUAUGUUCAGAUGGACCGAGCAGAUACGGACAGCAUUCGUGCACGCUAUAGUGUCUCCAACAAAGUGGACACACUUCUUGUGUUCCAUGAAGACAUGCACACACCCGUUGCUUCAGUGGCAAUGACAGACUUGCCAUAUGCCACUAUGAAAGAUAUUAUAGAAGGCAACAAGUUCCUGGUGUUGCCUCGACUCUCCUCGCAGUCUGUGUUUGAUGCGCUGUGUCCUGUGGAAACUGUGAGAUCUCGUCGACGAUUGUGUGUAGUCUUAGUUACCCAAGACGACCCAGCACAUGAUCCUAGCCGAGCAGCGUUACGAGAAUAUGCAACUGGUGACCAGGCAAGAGAGAGGGAUCGUGUGCGGUAUACUUACCUUUUCAGAGAGAAGCAAGUGGAGUUUAUGAAUGCUCUUACUGCUGGUUUAGGUUCACCUGUAGAACCCAAUCACCACAUAGUGAUCCUGUGGCGCAAGGACCAGAAUCACCUGAAAUAUGAAUGGUUGGAGGAAGGAUGGGAGGUGGAGCCAGACAAGCACAACACCUCGCGGGAAGCCCUUAAAGCAGCCAUACAGAGACUUCUCCAUUCCAACCAGCCCAUGCCCUUUGAAACUGUCGUCCAGGAGUUGUUUGAUGAACAUGCACAGGGUAUUGUUUGGAGAAUCAUCAAUAAACUUGUAUCUGUACAAGACUAUUUGAGGGAUAAUGUGACUCAAGAUGAUCUGCUUCCUGCGGUGUCUAUCCUGGUGACAGUUGCAUUCAUUAUUGCUGGUGGAUAUGUCAUGUCCUACCUAGUAAAACUAGAAGAGGGGCGAGUAGGUAACUCAGCAUCUACAUUCAUCGACCACAAUGGAAA